AUGGCAGCGGCCGCGGCGCGGCGGCGUGGGCCAGCUUUGAAGAAAUGUGCCCGGACAGCUAAAAUAUGCGCGCUGUUGUGUGCGCUGGCGACACUGGUCAUAGUAGUGAACAACUGGCCAGAUGUACAGAAGAUGUCUGGCAACCGCGUGGUGAAGUGGAUAUCGCCGGCGCCUUCAGACUGGCAGGCCGGAGACAGGUGGGCGGAGGCGCAGGCCACGGACUUGGAGCAGCAGGUGGCGGCGGGCGAGGCGCUCGUGCUGCCCGGCCUGGGCGAGGGCGGAGCGCCCGCCGAGCUGCCGGGGGCGGCGCGCGCACUCUGCGGCGACUCGCAGGAGGGAGCCAUGAACGUCUACAUCAGCGACCGGAUUGCCUACAAUCGCUCCGUUGGAGACCGGCGCAACCCCGCAUGCAGACACAUGCUGUACGACGCCGUGCUGCCGUCAGCGUCGGUGGUGAUCACCUUCCGCGACGAGCCGUACUCCGCGCUGCUGCGCACCGUCUGGUCGGUGGUGGCCAGCGCGCGGCGCGACCACGCCUGGUACCGGCUGCACCGCGGCGGGGACGACAGGACUGUGGGUUACCCGGGGCAGGACCCCAGCUCGCAGCUGGUGUACCUGAAGGAGAUCAUUCUGGUGGACGACAACUCCACGCUGCCGGAGCUGAAGGGCCAACUCAGCCACUACGUGCGCACGCGCCUGCCGCCCAACCUCGUACGGAUACGCAGGCUGCCCGAACGCGUGGGGCUGCCGCGGGCGCGGCUGGUGGGCGCCCGCGCCGCGGCGGGCUCGGUGCUGGUGUUCCUGGACGCGCACUGCGAGGCGCAGCCCGACUGGCUGCGGCCGCUGCUGCAGCGCGUGCAGGACGCGCCGCGCGCCGUCGUCGCGCCCCUCACCGACCACAUCCACGCCGGCACCUACAAGUACACCCCGCGGGGGACACCCGACUUCGAGGUGGGGGGGUUCACGUUCAAGGGUGCGUCCACGUGGAUCGAGGUCUCGGAGCGGGAGAAGCAGCGGCGGGGGUCCGACAUCGCACCCACACGGUCCCCGACGAUGGUGGGCGGGCUGUUCGCCGUCAGCCGCGCGUACUACCUGCAGCUGGGCGCGAACGACGACCAGGCGCAGCCCUGGGGCGGCGAGCUGCUCGAGAUGUCCUUCAAGGUCUGGCAGUGCGGCGGCACGCUGGAGGUGGUGCCGUGCUCGCGGGUGGGCCACGUGGACCGCAGCUGCCGCCCCUACGGGCCGCCCGCCCCCGCUGACGACUAUGACAUCAACACGGCUCGCAUGGCGGAGGUGUGGAUGGACGACUACAAGGAGCUGUUCUACCUGCACCGGCCCGACCUCAGGAACAGUUCCAAGGUGGGCGACGUGUCCCCCGGCAGGCAGCUACGUCAGAACCUGCGCUGCCGGAGCUUCGAGUGGUACCUGCAGCACGUGUUCCCGGAGCAGUUCGUGCCGGUGAGGGACGCCUUUGGGUACGGCAGGUUCCGCAACCCGGAGACGGGUCUCUGCCUGGACACGCUGCGCAGCCCCCACAUGCCCUCCCCGCUCGCCGUGUUCGCCUGCCAUGAGAGCCGGGAGCCUUACGCGGACUCGCAGCACUUCACGCUGACCAAGACUGGGCAGCUGCGAGACGACACUCGCUGCGUGGUCUUCAGGAAGAUCAGUGUUGCAAACGUGAAGUCGUGGAGCCGUCCGCCGAGGGCGGAGGUGGCCGGGCUGCUGGCGCGCUGGGGGGACCGCCUGCUGCUGGCGCUGGACUCCUGCCGCCGCGCGGGCCCCAAUCAG